AUGGCUUAUCGAUGUCGAUCUUUGUCCAAACCAGCGUUUUCUGCGUUUAAAUCUGCAAUGAACAAGCCUUCUCUUCGACCUAAAUCGGCUUCAUCAUUUCUCGGCGUCCCUCCUUCGCCUGGAUUUGCAAGGCCGAUUGCUCAGCUGGGCUCGCUUCAGUCGUUGCUUCCGUUGUACAGUGCGGUGGCUUCUGCACGGUUGACUUCGUGCCUCGGUAUCGAUUCGAUGAAUUCAAGGUCGUUGUCUCAGGGUAUGCUCUGCAGUGCGAAUCCAGGAGUUUGA